UUUUUGAGGAGCCAUUUGGUGAGCAUCCCCUUUUGACUAGCAAACUUGGAAUUCAAGCACCACUAAUUUAUAUUGCCAGCUUCAUUUUUAGACGCACUCACCUUCACAACCGUUCCCAAAACCUAUAUAUUGUGCCGUCUGUAUACAAAUUUUUAGAUAUCCAAUGGCGAUGGCGCGAAUCCUCUCCCAAGCCCUCAGACGCGCCAACCUUAACCCCGUCGCUGCCCCUCGGGCCUUAAUCACCCACCGCCAUUGCUCCGACCAAUCCGGUAAAACCGAGGUAGAAUUUAUUGAGGUGGAGGUGGACCAAUCUUCUUCUCAAGAGGCCGCCUCCGAGGUCAUAAGCUCCGGAAUUAAGAGACUCGAGGAGGCCAUUCACAGAAUCGUCGUACGCCGUUCUGCGCCCGAUUGGCUUCCGUUUUUACCCGGUUAUUCUUAUUGGGUUCCUCCGCCCAACAGCAAUGGAAUCAUUCGCCACCCGCAAGGUUUAAUUGAGGUGGUUGAGAAUUUGGCCACGGUGGGCAUACUGAAUAGGGGAAAGCCGUCAGAUUUCUUGACGGAGGAUGAAACGAUGUCGUUUAGUUCUGCGCGUGGGUGGCCUUCUUCGACUUAUUUUAUUGAAGGCGCUUCACCCAUUCAUCCAAUUCCAGUGAUGGAAGUGGAGGUAAAAAAUCAUGGGAAUGUGAACAAUGUGCGAAGCACACCUACCCCUGAGGAGGAGGAAGGAUGAAGGACAUCUAUUUAUAAACAUUG